AUGGCCACUCGUCUGUUUGAGGACAGGGCUCACGCUGCUAUUUAUCAAAAAUACAGGUUUUCCCCGCAGGAGAACCUACAGAGCGUGAUCUUCUCGUACCUGGAAGAAAAGGUAAGAACCUAAUAGUGUGUGUCAGUCUGAACUUAUACCCGUAGAUCAUUGCAUUCGUAGAGUUGGCAUAAUUUUCUAUAAAAUGAGAGCUCCAUUAUGAACUUUCUUGACUCUGAUACUAGUCUUUAUCCUGAAGAUGUCCUGGAAGCCUUCCUGGCCGUAUUAAUACUUCUGAAAAAAAUUAGCAUGGUCAAUGACUCCUCCUGCGUCAGCUGCUAGACGGGGAGGCUGAGCAGCUUAAAACAAGGUCCUGCUCAGCCUCUGGUUCUUUCCAACUCUACGAUUCUACAGUGUUGCUUUGCUGCCCGAAGGAAAUAUUCUGUCUCUUUCAUUUCUUGUAAACAACCAAUCGUUGUUCCUUUUCUGUGAAAACGUCUAGCAGGCAUAAGACUAAGGGUAAAUACAUAUUCAUAACAAACAAACAUUAGAACUCUAGCAAAAGGUCUUACACCACUUGGUACUGUGCCUUGGUAGUAACAAGGGGGUGGCAGUGAUAUAAGAAGAAAAUGGAGUUGACUUUUACAGGCCAACUCCCCAUCAAAGGGACCCAGUAUCCCUGAAGUCCAUUACGGGUCAGAGAAGAACAAGUGAAGGCAGGAACCAACUGAAAGAAGCAGUUUUCUCUUACGACACAGUUACCAUCACCCCACUGUGAAGGAGGCGAGAGGCGACCCAGAACAUAGGUCCCUUGGGUGCUAUCCAGCUGGUUCCUCCUGCCAUUUUUCUGCGUCCAACCAGCCCAUGACAUUUUGGGUUAAUUAACAGCUGGUUUCACUGCAUUCAAGUGAAAACUGCUCAUGUCUCGGACCUAGAUGGGUAUGGCCUUGGGUAAGGCAGGAGUGGGAAAGCCGUGUCCCUCACGAUGCUGUUCCUUUGACUACAACUCCCAUCUAUGCUAACUAUCGGCCAUGCUGGCUGCGGAGGAGAGGGGGCUGUACACUCCCAACAGCAUUGGGGUGGGUGGGUGCAGGAUCACAGGUUCCCUAAAAGGUAAAGGUAAAGGGACCCCUGACCAUUAGGUCCAGUCGACUUUGGGGUUGUGGCGCUCAUCUCGAUUUAUUGGCUGAGGGAGCUGGCAGACAGCUUCCGGGUCAUGUGGCCAGCAUGACUAAGCAGCUACUCGCAAACCAGAGCAGCACACGGAAAUGCCAUUUACCUUCCCGCCAUUGUGGUACUUAUUUAUCUACUUGCACUUUGAGGUGCUAGGCUUGCUGACAAUGACCUGGCGAUGCAUUUGUGAGAUGUGUCGCUAUCUUUUCUCAGAGAGUGAGCCCCGGGCAGCUGGCAGUCGACGUGGGUUGUGGCUCGGGCCAAAGCACUCGGAUGCUGGCAAAACAUUUUGAGAAGGUGGUCGGGACAGACAUCAGUGAAGCUCAGAUCGAGGAGGCCAGGAGAGCUCCACAACCGCCCAAUGUCUCUUAUCUGUAAGUAGGAGCUGAUCUCGCACGUGUGUGGCCGAGAGAAAGCGGGCAGGAAGAGGCUUUUCUCCCUCUCUCAUCACACUAGAACUCUCAAAGCUGAAUGUUGGAAGAUUCAGGACCGAUGAAAGAAAACACUGCUUCAUGCAGCGCAUGUUUAAACUAUGGAACUCCCUCCCCCAUGAAGCAGGGACGGCCACCAACUUGGAUGGCUUUAAACAAAGACUAGAGAAAUUAAGGAAGAGGCCUAUCAGUGGCUAGUAGCCACGAUGCCUCUGCUGGACCUACAAGGUGGGCAGAGUGAAGGCCAGGGUGGCUGAGAGUUGUGAAGAGAGAUCCCUCUCUCACUCCCAGAGCUACCACUCCAUACCCGUCAAGUGUCCCUAUUUUAUUGGGACAUUCACAGAUUUACAGAAGGGAAUGGCGUUCCUAGAUCAAUCCUUUUUCACAGGGUACUCUGGGAAUUGUGAGGUGAAUAGGGGUCUCUCCUAACAACUCAGCACCCUCAACGAACUACAGCUCCCAGGAUUCUUUGGGGGAAGCCAUGACUGUUUAAUGCGGUAUUAUCGCAAAUGUAUUUUUUUAAUUAUUAUUUUUUACAUAUUUUUUUUUUGAUUUUCCAUUAAACACACCAACAUACAUACAUAUAUUAUACAAAUGAGUCACAUAUUUAUCUUAAGCUCCGCCGAGCCUUGGACUCCCCUCCAUUCCUUUGGUAAGUAUCAUAAAAUUUCUAGCAUCUCGUAUUUUGUGUAUUUUACUUUGUCUACCGUACGCUGUUAGAGUUAUUCUAACCCUGCCAGUGUCUUUAAAGCUUUACAGUUGUCUUUUAUAUACAUCAAGUAUUUACUCCAGUUUUCUUGAAACUUCUGUUCACCCUGGUCUCUUAAUUUUCCUGAUAUUCUGGCCAGUUCUGCGUAAUUAACCAUUUUAACCUGCCAUUCCAUUAUAGUAGGUAUUACAUCCGUUUUCCAAUUCUGGGCUAGCAUAGUUCUUGCUGCCAUCGUGGCAUAUAGAAAGAUAUUUCCGCACGCCCCAAGCUUCGGGAUUAGCGCAGCGCUCCUCUAGCCGUGGGAGAGCCGAGUGCUCUCCCACGGCUAGCGGAGACCUUGCCGGCACCCAGAAGCUUGGGGCGCGCUGAGCUCCGCAUGCCCCAACCUUCGGGAUUAGCGCAGCGCACCUGGGGGGAAAAUAAUUUUUUUCCCCUUUAUUUCCCCCCCAAAAAACUAGGUGCGUCCUAUGGGCCGGUGCGUCCUAUGGGGCGAAAAAUACGGUAAGUAUUUAUCAUUACAAAAGACUACCCAGGCUCCCCAGGAAAUCCAAUCAAGUAACCUGCCAGACAGGAGAAAAACGACGACAGGAGAAAAACAACAUUCAAAAUUUCUGUUUUAGACCGCCUUUUUUGUGAUGUAGGUAUUAUGUAUCUGAGGGGUGGUCUUAGGUUACACCCCUUCUGUGAUGUAUGUAUGAUGUUUCUGGGGGUGGUCUUGAUCUACAGGGUGGCAAUUUCAAAAGUCUUUAUAAGGCCUUGCGCGCCACUGUUUCGGGUUCCUCCUGCUCUCCUGCCGGUGAGGGGAGCACCCUGUUGCAACAGAUCAGUAAAGAUCAAGCUUACUAGCUGCUUUGCUUCUCAAUAUUCUCUGGUUGGCCUCUGUUAUCUUCUCCUACCAAUAAGGAACCUAUGUAAGGACUCUAUAUGGGCUCUUGGAUACCCCAUAAGGGAAAAGGGCAAUUUUUGUUUACAACACACCCAGGUUUUGUUUGUGGGUUUCCCAAUGGGGCAUCUGGCUGGCUACUGUGAGAACAGGAUGCUUAGCCAGAUGGGCCUUGGGCCUGAUCCAGCAGGCUUCGAACAAUCACCUUCCCAUCUCCUCCUACAGGGUGUGCCCUGCCGAAGACCUCCCUUUCGAAGAUGGCUCUGUGGACCUGGUCACGGCGUUUGCGGCCGUCCACUGGUUUGACGGGCCUCGCUUUCUGAGGGAAGUGGACCGAGUUCUCAAGCCGUCAGGCUGUGUGGUCUUCAGCUCCUACAACCGGCACAUGCAGUUGUGUUACAAAGAUUGUACAGACGAGUUAACGGAGAUCUUCAGAGAGGUUAGUCCAUCGCACAGGCCUCGGACCUGAGGUCUGCCCUCAGACCACAUAUUUCAGGGCCAUCCCUGCCAGUUUUCUAGCCCCAAAUGUCUGUGGGGUUGUUGUUGUUUUUAAGUGACUUUCCUGUAGAAGGACAGAAGAGUCCUUCAGUCUAGGUUAAUUGAGCAAACCUACAAGUCCUGGAUGCAUUUUAGUCCCUCCUGCAAAACACUGGCACUAUGGAAAAGAAUAUCAUUUCAGGGCCCAGGCGAGGACAUGAAGGGCAUAAGAAAAAUUCAUCCCGCCCUCUGAAAUCUUUGCCAUGAGAAGCUCUUAUGGUCAGCUUGCUUUACAUUUUUUGGAGAAGUUUUAAGACCUUCCUAUGCAGAAAGAUUUGUGACUGUGUGGCUAUUUUCUGUUAGUUUAUUGCAGUAAUAUUUAUAAAGCCUGUUUCUACAAAGCACCAUGACUUUCAAAACCUCCAAGUUGUUUACAAGGCAGUCUAAAAUAUUACAGUCAAACCUCGGCUGUCGACCAUAAUCCGUUCCAAAAGACCAUUUGACUUCUGAAACAUUCAACAACCGAAAACAAAGUGAAAGCCUCAUUACAAUAGGGAAACUCAAAACAGAAGCCGGGUAGCAUGUUCGGCUUCUGAAAAUCGUUCAAAAACCAGAGCAUUUACUUCCGGGUUUUCGGUGUUUGGGUGCCAAAAUGUUCCAAAACGGAGGCAUUCAGGAACCGAGGUCUGACUAUAAUUUGAAAUACCAAUUUAAAAAACAUUAAAAACGGGGGCCACCAGGUGGCGCAUUGGAAGAUGGCCGACAAUAACAUCUCUCCGACCCACACGAGGUAAUUAAGAGGCUGCUAUGGGAAGUAUGCAGCCUUCCCGCCCCCCCAAGGAGAUGGGGGGGACUGCCUUGCCAGCGGUGUCCAUAACGCACCCCCGGAUUCGAAAGAAGGGGGUGCCGGUCACUUGGCACAAGCCCUCGGCGAGGUCGGCUCUUCCUGACGCUGUCUCCAAUUAGCGCGUGCUGGUUCGCUUUAGCUCAAAAAUAUAAUUGGAAACAUAUAAUUGGAAAGAAGCUAAAGCACAUACAUCAAGCAAAGUUCGGGAGAUAAGACUGCUGAUUAAUGGAUCUCUGUGACCGGAGCGACAGAUGGGACAAAUAAAUCAAGUGAUGAACCACCAUUAAGAGACUGGUAUGUUUGGAGUGAAAGAAGGGGGGUGGAGGAAAAAACUUUUCUUUUCUUUGCCGUAUGUGAAUAUUAAUAACCCUGCACCCCAGAGAAAGAAGAUCGUUGCAUUUUACUAAUCACAAGCAGGAAUUCAAGAACUGUGUGGAGUGGAUUAUAGAUUAAAGAGAUGACUGGUAAACAACGGAGAACGGAGGAAAAUUUUAUGACGCAGCUUUAAAUGGCGUCUCGCUAAGACAGGCUUGUCUAAGAAAGACGGGGGGAGGAGGAUCAGGAUCAUCAGAAUGUGUAUGAUGAUUGGAAUGUGAUCCUAACCUGACAGAGCCCUCCUGAUAUACUUGGCAAGCCUGAGAAAAUUAAAGGACAGACCAAAGAUAAUUUUUUUAUGGAAGUGUGGAAUGGCUGUCCCUAAGUGAUAUGAUCUUUGUAGAGUGUAAAACCCACACAGAGGAUGUCUGUUUCCAACCCGCUUGUGAAGAUUAUCAGAGAUCGCAAAGAAAGGAAUAUAUGAUAACAACAAGAAGAUGAAGAAAGUAAUAAAGAGACUAUCUGGAUAGAACUGUUUAGUUAAAGCAGCAAUAUAAGUGAUGCUUGGACCCCCGUUCGGAGCUUGAUGUAUGGGUACUCCCAACAAAAUUUUAAAAUCUGGCUGUAUAAUUUGGAAUUAAUGUGAUUUGGAAAUAAUGUGAUUUGAUUGGCCUGUUAAUAAAAAUUAUUUAAAAAAACACACAUUAAAAACGUAUUACAUAAAAUAAAUAAAACUGACCAUUUCGAACACUUAUAGCUACUAAAACCUAGGUAGGCAUGCGGGAAUGAAAAGGUUUUUAGCCAGAUAUGUCAAUGGGCAGGCAGUUCCCAAGUGCUGCCACAAUAAAAGAUUGAUUUCUUAUAAGUGCUGAAUGAAUGUUACGUGACACUUGUGAAAGGACCAGUUUCACAGAUGCCAGCCAUCAAAUGGGCACAUACUGGGUGACAGUCUUGAAAUACGUUAUUCUAUAGGCUGCCACACCUCACACAUUUCCCUCAAUGCUUUUAGUCUUUCCAUAUAGGGAGUAUCUGCAUGUUGACCAUUUGUCUACUCCGGAUUUCUGCACCUUUAACAGCUCAGCAUCCUCUUUUAUCCAGCAUGCUCUGAACAGCGAGAUUUUUGCAAGCAUAAAAGAAAUGACUGUGGCUUCCCACCCACCCCCUUUCUCUCUCUUUCUCUCUCUCUCCUUUCCAGAUCCAAGACCAGCUUCUCACCUUAAAAAAUGCAAAGAUCAAAUCACUUGAGAAUGAUUACCAAGAAAUCUUUGAUUCUUUGCCCUUUCAGGAGAAGCAGAGGUGAGUGGAUCAGGCCCUUUUGUACAGUGCGGUACAUGGACCCAGCCAUGCCAAUCUCUUCAAUCUCCUGCUAAAAACAUUUCUGUUCCACCAAGCUUAUGCAAACUAUUAAGAAUGCAUCCACAGUUGUUAAAUGAUACCUGUUUUUAACUUUUUUUGUUGUUACCAACUUACUGAAUUUGUAAGUUGUAUGGUUUUGUUGCUGUAAAUGGCUUUGAUAUAUUUUUAUGACACAGCAACAUCAAAUGUUUUUGUAACUAAACAAAUGCAAAUUGGGAAGUCCGGAACAAUGCUGUCAAAGUCACUAAGUUGAACAGCCACACUCUCCUGAGCAAACAUACAUAUGAUUGACACCACUUCCAUAGUCAAAAGAUUUCUGUACUCUCAACUCAGCCCCGCACUUCUCCUAAAGUUUUCUGCUUCUUUCCAGGAUGACGGAUAUUUUCGAUAAAAUUCCCCUGAGCGUUGCUGACGUAAUAGGAUAUAUCCAGUCACUCUCGCCGUACCGACGUUAUCUGGAAACCCAGCCUGAGGAGGCGAAAUCACUUCUCCAAAACACAGAGCGAAGGUGACAAAAUCUGUUUGCUGGAGUAAGCCAGAUGUGGAAGGGCCAAGGCACUAUGGUUAAGUGCACUAGGAGAGUCGCAUUGAAGUCUUUAGCCUGUGAUAUUGCAUGUCUUUUCAUAGAUGGCAUGCAGUAGAAUUUACCGGAAACUGUUCUCAGUACGAGAUGCCAGCAAAGUGGAAGGGCUUGGAUUUCCAUAUUUUUUCCUGCAAUGAAAAUUCAGCUCCAAUAUGCACAUUGUAAUUUUUAAUUCAAAAAAUUCCCAUGUAAAAUAACAAAAUUGUAGAGAUGGAAGGGACCCCCCUCCCCCAAUUAGCCCAGGGAUGGAGGGAAGAGAUAACCAUGACCAGAAAAGAAUGGCAAACCAAGUUGGUGACAAAAUUAACUGGGAAGCUCAGAAAUCAAGAAGACAAGAACUUUAAGAAAAAAUGGGGAAAGUUUAUAAUUUAUCUACGAGACUACUGUAAGCAAGUUAAAACAUUAGCAGGAUUUUAAUCACAAUUGUAAAGAAACAGUUAAGUGUGGAUAAUUUAGAAGGAUAAAAAUUUGGAUUACGGUAGUAUUGAUAUGCAGUUGUAUAUAUCAGUAGGACCCAUAGAAGGGAUGAGUGGGGGAAGUCAGGAGAUUCAGAGUAAUCUCAAUAUUUGGGGUUUUUUGUUACGUGUUUAUACUUUUUAAAAAUCAAAUUAAAAAUUAUUUUAAAAGGGAAAGGACCCCUAAGGGCCAUCUAGUCCAACCCCCUGCAAUGCAGGAAUCUCCGCUAACGCACGUGAGUGGCGAAGUCAGAAGUGUUGCCAGAUUCCAACUAUUCAUUUAAUCUGUGCAUAAGCCAUGCUUCAAACCUUAUGCCAGCUUUAUGUCCUCAGUCCCAUUUCCCCACACCUUCUGUUUGCCGCAUUUUAUUGUACCAGUUUGUCAAAGAGGCAGCCUCCCAAAUUCUUCAAGUAUCUCGCCAUUAUGCGCCUGGCUGCCAUCAAAAGACAACUUGUUUGAACUGUGAAAAGAUGGAGCGGUGCUAGCUCUGGACAUUUCGAGGUGUUUCGUCCAGUAAUUGUUUUCAUUUCAAUGAAUCCCGGAACUGAACCCUGGUUUCUGCUCUCUUGCUUUCCUUCCCCUAGGUUUCUGGAGACGAUGGGCGUAUCUUCUCGGGAUACCCAGCUGGAGUUGCGCACGAAGCACAUUUGCAUCUUGGGCUGCAAGAGCUCCUGAGAGGAAUGUCAGUCUAAAUGCACAGGGCAGGGUGCAUGAGUAGGAAAGCCAGAUUCGGACCCCAGCUCUAUCAGUUGUGAAGACAGCAGGUUAUGAUUCCAGGGUUCCAUUGAUUUCAAGGAGAGUGGGAACUAGAUGCUUUCAAAGGGCCAGGAGCCUUCUGAAGCCACCACUUCCUUGCAGCAGUGACUGGUCUGUCUCCUUGGACCCUGUUCCAAAAGCUCUCUGCAAACAAUCCAUUUAGCCCACUGAUAAAAGCUGGCAAGCUGUUGGGUGGGGAGGAAGAGAAAAGGGUGUCAGGGAGACUCCCCCUGCCACCCAUGUGUUGAAGCAGAAAACAAGAGAGCUGGGUGUCGGAACAGCGUUAGGCCGGAGUUCAAAUCCCCAUUUGUCUAUUGAAGGUUACUGGGUGGCUACUUCUGAAACUGGAGGUCGGUGUCAUCUUUUACCUGCUCCUCUCAUGUAGAAUCAUGUGCAUUGAAGUUUAUCGUGUUAAGAAUCUUUUCAUUUGGUAUCAUAAUAAAACAGAACCGAGUUUAAUAGAGAAUUCAUUGUUUUUGUUUGUUGUUCGUUUAUGGCUGAUAUAACUCACAUAAAAUGAAAUCAGCUUAAAACCAUGGCCAUAAGACAAUUAAAAAAAAUAAAAAUCCACAAUGACUCUUGAAUUUCUCUUGCUGCUUUUAUUUGUCUACGUUAUCUGCUCUCUAUCUGAAAAAUGCAACCUUUCUACUGCUUCUGUUAUGUUUCAUAAACUUGAUUGUGUUUUGUUGUGUUUGUCAUUUUGAUCUUACAUUCGUACAAAACCUUAAAAAUCCAUUCCAGCUUAAAACCUAAAUACCAAACGCCCAAUGCAAGAAUAUACAUGACACUAUGAAUGGCGUUGCUAUGUCUUUACUCAUAGUAAUCUCUGUUCCUGUACUCUCAAAGUCAGCUUAGUAGUACUUGUCUCUUUCCCAGGCUUACUCAGUGACUGUAAACCCCGCCCUGAGUUAGCCCUCUAUUGCUUUGUUCACGCAGUAAGAUUUAGAAACCUACCUACCCCCCCCCCACAGUGCCUCCCGUUGCUCCAGCACUAGAGCUCCCUUAUGCCUUGCUGCUCAAGUAGAAUCCUAGGUGGCAGGAGAACCCUUUUUAUCUCCCUCCCAGCCCAGGAGGAGCCAAUGGCCAGCAUGGGAGAGCCAGCCAGCGGGGAAGGUUCUUCCCUGAGAAGCUGUAGUGACACUGCUGGCCACAUGGGGCAGUGGUCCGCCAGCUCCCGACGCUUUACUGAGAAGCUGCAAUGAUGCGCCUCACCGCUUGGGGCACUGCUCAGCCGUGCCCGAAUCUUGUUUUAUUUGACCAUUUCUAACAUUUUCUAACUUCAGUAACGGACUGACCCAGGGGGUGGGGUGGGUGUUACAGGGCAAGUUUGCCAAAGCUGAUCAAAGCUAUUGGUCAUAGAAGGGGCCCUAAGAGUCAUCUAGUCCAUCCCCCUGCUAUGCAGGACUUUUGGCACACAGUUCCCCAUCCAGUUUGAAACCAUGCCAGACCCUGCUUAAGCUUUGCAAAUGUGCUAGCAAUUUGACCACCAGGUCAAUCUAACUGGGUUAUAAACAUGACUUUACUUAAAUUGUUAAAGGAUAAAGAGUUUUGAUCCAUGUUUUUAAAAGCGUUGUUGUUGUUUAUGUUACGAUAUAGAAGCAAUGCGGCCGCGAGCUGGUAGCUUGAAAGCAAAACAUAAUGGGAAUGUUGGGACUGUUCCGUGGGAAACAGAGGGACAGUCAGUUCACAGUGCAGAGGGCACCGGAAUUAGCUCAGAGUGUAAUAUGAGCUGUACAGGAAGUACAGGAGGAGUUUGUCUCUCGACUGCAGGAGUUUGAAGAGAGCAGUCAUGAUUUUUGUAACGCUGCAAAGACAGAAAUAAAGGAAUGUAAAUACGUUUCUGUCUAUCUCUUUCCCCUGCCUGGGGGGGCAGGAAAGAGGGGGUGUGUUCUUCUCACUCUGAGAAGGAUCACCUAUCGCGACCUCUGCCUGGAUCCUGUGGGAAUGCAGACAGGGAGGUCAACAGGAGAUCAAGCCGGGUGCCUGAUAAAGGCUUGAUUCCCAACAGUUUAGUCAUUUAGUCGUGUCCGACUCUUCGUGACCCCAUGGACCAGAGCACACCAGGCACUCCUGUCUUCCACUGCCUCCCACAGUUUGGUCAAACUCAUGCUGGUAGCUUCGAGAACACUGUCCAACCAUCUCGUCCUCUAUCGUCCGCUUCUCCCUGUGCCCUCAAUCUUUCCCAACAUCAGGGUCUUUCCAGGGAGUCUUCUCUUCUCAUGAGGUGGCCAAAGUAUUGGAGCCUCAGCUUCAGGAUCUGUCCUUCCAGUGAGCACUCAGGGCUGAUUUCCUUAAGAAUAGAUAGGUUUGAUCUUCUUGCAGUCCAUGAGACUCUCAAGAGUCUCCUCCAGCACCAUAAUUCAAAAGCAUCAAUUCUUCGGCGAUCAGCCUUCUUUACGGUCCAGCUUUCACUUCCAUACAUCUACUGGGAAAACCAUAGCUUUAACUAUAUGGACCUUUGUUGGCAAGGUGGUGUCUCUGCUUUUUAGGAUGCUGUCUAGUUAAAAGCAUUAUAUGUGGCUAUAUCACAAGCAUAAAUGUAUCUAUUAAACAUUAUCUUGCUAGGUAACCAAAUACAGAAGUUGGCCCUACUGCUUCUUCUUAUCAGCGAUACAAACGUAUUAAAACCAUGUAUUUUUAAUUAUGACAGUGGAGAUGGGAUUAAGGAGGAAUGCUGUUUCUGGCCAGAGAGACUCAGUAUUGUGUGUGUGUGUGUGUGUGUGUGUGUGUGAACUUGAAUCACUUUAUCAUUUGUUAAUUUUAUAAGGGCAAUCAGUUCCCACAGUAAAUUAUUGCUUUGAUCUAAAAUCUAAUAAAACCAUUAAAGCUAUUGCAACAGGGUGCUCCCCUCACACGCAGGAGGACGGAGGAGGACCCAGAACAAAGGUGUGCCUGCCCUUAUACUGUAUAGACAUUUUAAAUUCCCUGCCCUGGAGCUCAAGACCACCGCUCCAUACAUCAUACAUACCGUACAUCACAGAAGGGGUGUAACCCCGGACCACCGCCCACAAACAUCAUAUCUACAUCACAGAAAACGUGGUCUACAACAGAAAUUUGAAUGUUGUUGUUUUUUCUGUCUGCCAGUAUUAAGUUGUGGAUGGACAUAGCAGUUGACACAGAGAUUUCCCUAAGUGAUUCUUUAUAGUAAGCUGGAACUGAACUGAACUGAACAGCACAGCCGGCCUACUUUUAUGGGCCGCCGGCUGUCCACAUUGUAACAACAAUACCCCAGAGUUUUCUGCCUAAAUUAACUUAUGUGGACCUGAGUGAAAACUAUAUACACAAUACCCCUGGUGGCCAGAGUGAGAAUAUCAAUACAUAACACCCAGGGUAUCUGAUAAUGCCUUAUCUGAUUGCCUUUUCUGGUAGUCUGCCCAUUCCUUUGAGAUGGUGGUUUCCCAAUUCCUGAGACAAAGGGAAGGUUCCCUCACCCCCUCCCUCCUCGCAGAGAAAACACUUCCUCAGUUUGGGAGUCAAAAUGGUUUCAGGACGGUCUUCCUGUGCUCCUCCAGACAUGUGGUCCACAUAUCUAUGUAUGUGCUUGGUUGGUACAUUUAUGAACAUUUAUUAUAUAUAUAUGACCUUAAUUUUUUUAUUACAAGGCUGCCCUAGAGGGAUUUCAGAGCUGAAUCCUUUGCUUCUUGGCUGCAAAAAAGCAAGUCUGAAAAAUAAUUAGCAUUGCACAGUCAGCAUUCUGAAAGAGGCAGGCUUCUUUCUGGUGCCAAAGUUCACUACGCUACAGGAAAACAUCUGUUAAACAUUUAAAAGCGCUACAAUAAAUUACUUCACUGUUAAAACAUUUAAAAACACACAAAGGCAGACCAGUGUCCCUAGGAACUUGCAGAAGUUGCAAGCUGUGCUCCGUGAAACCAUGGCCACUCGUCUGUUUGAGGACAGGGCUCAUGCUGCUAUUUAUCAAAAAUACAGGUUUUCCCCGCAGGAGAACCUACAGGGCGUGAUCUUCUCGUACCUGGAAGAAAAGGUAAGAACAUAAUAGUGUGUGUCAGUCUGAACUUAUACCCGUAGAUCAUUGCAUUCGUAGAGUUGGCAUAUUUUAUAUAAAAGGAGAGCUCCAUUAUGAACUUUCCUGACUCUGAUACUAAUCUUUAUCCUGAAGAUGUCCUGGAAGGCUUCCUGGCCUUCUUAAUACUUGAGGAAAAAAUUAGCAUGGUAAAUGAUUCCUCUAGAAGACCCUUACCAUAACCUAACAUUGGUAUAUAACAGUACAGGCACUGAAAAACUCCCCCCCCCCUUAUGUGGGGGUUGUGUUCUGAGGCCCCCACACACAUAAGUGAAAAUGUGCAACAUGGGGAGCACCCUUGAAAAAAAACCUCUGAAUGCCUGCUUUCCCCUCCAGCUCUCCUCCUCUCUCUCCAAUCCAGUCCAAAAUAUCUGGAGUUGAAGCUCUGGGGGCUGGAUGGAGGUUGUGAGGAAAAGCGGCGGCAGAGGCAGCGCUACCUCCUGCGUCAGCUGCUAGACGAGGAGGCUGAGCAGCCUAAAACAAGGCCCUGUUGCGCCUCUGGUCCUUUCUAACUCCACGAGUCACUUUGCUGCCCGAAGUAAAUAUUCUGUCUCUUUCAUUUCUUGUAAAAAACCAAUCUUUCGUUAUUCCUUUUCUGUGAAAACUUCUAGCAGGCAUAAGGCUAAGGGUAAACACAUAUUCAUAACAAACAAACAUUAGAACUCUAGCAAAAGGUCUUAGACCCCUUGGUAGUGUGCCUAGGUAGUAACAAGGGGGUGGCAGUGAUAUAAGAAGAAAAUGGAGUUGGCUUUUACCCAGCUAGUUCCUCCCGCCAUUUUUCCGCGUCCAAGCAGCCCAUGACAUUUUGUGUUAAUUCACGGCUGGUUUCACUGUGUUCGAGUGAAAACUGCUCAUGUAUCGGACCUAGAUGGGUACAGUGGUACCUCGGGUUAAGAACUUAAUUCAUUCCGGAGGUCCGUUCUUAACCUGAAACUGUUCUUAACCUGAAGCAUCACUUUAGCUAAUGGGGCCUCCUGCUGCCGCUGUGCUGCCGGAGCCCGAUUUCUGUUCUUAACCUGAAGCACUAUUUCUGGGUUAGCGGAGUCUGUAACCUGACGCGUAUGUAACCUGAAGUGUAUGUAACCCGAGGUACCACUGUACAGCCUUGGGUAAGUCAGGAGUGGGAAAGCCGUGUCCCUCACGAUGUUGUUCCUUUGACUACAACUCCCAUCCAUGCUAACUACUGGCCAUGCUGUCUGCAGAGGAGAGGGGGCUGUACUGUCUCAACAACAUUGGGGUGGGUGGGUGCAGGAUCCACAGGUUCCCUAAAAGGUAAAGGUAAAGGGACCCCUGACCAUUAGGUCCAGUCGUGGCCGACUCUGGGGUUGCGGCGCUCAUCUCGCUUUAUUGGCCGAGGGAGCCAUUGCAGUACUUAUUUAUCUACUUGCACUUUGAGGUGCUAGCCUUGCUGAAAAUGACUUGGCGAUGCAUUUGUGAGAUGUUGAGGCAUCUGAUCAAAAUCUGCUUUGAGCUUAAAAAAAAUAUAUUUGUAAAUAUUUAUAUCUCUCUGCCAGGGAGAGACCAGCUGAAUACUCUGGCAGCUGUUCAAGGGGCCCCACUGCUAUAAAUAGCAGUAUUUCAGGGUUGUAAAAAGUAUUUCAAGGUUGUAAAAGGAAAUUAGAGCCAGAGAGCAAAAGGUCACACUGACCAGAAUACAAUCAAGCUGUAAAAACACAAUUAAGAACUGGUAAAUAGUGAAAUUUAUUGUUUAACAGAAGACUCGAGCCAUAAGGUUAAAGGUUAAAUGGAAGAAACAGCUGCUGGUUAGGGAAAAAGGUUUCUUUAUAGAACUUAGGAACUUAGCUUUUACUAAAUUCCUUUAAUUUGAAAAGGCCUUUCCUUCUAAAAAUCUAUCUAUGUUAUGUAUGAAAUAUAUUGGCUUAAAUGUAAUUAUGCAAAGGAUUUAGAAAGUAAGAAAUGUUAGAUUCUUAUGUUAGAUUCCUAUUAUGGUGGGUGAGAAGGUGAACUCAAGAUCUCUUUAAGAUAAAAAAAAUUAGAAACCAUGCACCAUCUGCUUUAGCCAUCUGGUUUGCGGUGAAUAGGGCAACAGGGGCCAAAGGUUAUCUGGUAAUUGAGGUGCCUGGUCGAGGUAAAUGUAAGAUAUAUGGCUACUUGUCUGCCAUUUAUGGAUACAAGGAAAUAUAGCUUUUGUCUCCCAUAAAAGGAAAUAGGAAAUGGGUGUAUCUUUUAUGAUUGGUUCUAGCAAACAACCAAUAGGAAUUUCAACCAGGCUGAUUGGACAGAGGCAGCCAAAGGAGGAGCAAGGGGGCUGGGCUGAGGAAAUAUAAGUGCUGGCCAUCAGGGCUGGAGUAGGCAGAGCUUUGGUAUCCAUAUACCACUGUGUCUCUCAUUUAUUUGUCUGACAAAUAAAUUAUUAUUUUAAUUUCUCUAUUGCUGCGUUGAAUAUUUCAUUCCAGCUAAGCGUUAACCACAAGCAGGGUGCUACAUUUUAUGGUGCCUCUGUGACUCGGAUAAGUGGUCUGCUGGAACGCAGCCCCUUCGCCCUAGCGGGCAGGGUACAAGAGGGAGGACCACUGACCGCUUACCCAGCGCGCACUGGAACAUUUUUCCAGGGGAACGCAGAAGUCUCGUCUGUCUGAUACCCUGCUCACUGGCGGCGACGGACCGGGGGUAACCAGAGAAAUAAACAGGGAACCAGCUAAGGGUAAGUGCACAAAGGGGUUGUGGCCCUCCAAUUAAUUGGGAGGAAGAGAAGUCUUGAUCAAACUUCUGCGUCUCAGUAAGGGGGAACUGAGUACGCUAGGUGGUUGGGUACAUCAGAUGGUGGUCUGGUGGAGGGAAAAGGGAAAGAUUGGGAGGUAGAGUGUGGUGAAGUAUCCAGCGCAUUGUAUGUGUGAGAAAGUACAAUUUGUAGCUGACCUGAGUGUGGAGUGGGUAGUACUUCGGUUCCCGGUAAGGCGACUUCAUCCGGGCAAGGAACCUCACGAAGCGCGUGUGUGAGUGACUGAGUGGAUACUUCACAGGGCCAUACAAUGGGAGUUGGAGGUUCAAAGGGGAAAAUACACCUCUUGAAUGUAUGUUAAAUAAUUUUAAGAAAGCCUUCUCAGGAGCAUAUGGAGUCAAAAUGACGCCAGAGCGCUUGAGAACGUUAUGUGAAUUAGACUGGCCAAAACAAAAUACUGGAUGGCCACCUCAGGGAAGUUUUGAUAUAAAUUUAGCAAGCAAACUUUGGUCUAACAUCACCAAAGAAACUGGAGGGUGCCCAGAACAAUUUUCAUAUAUAGAUUCUUGGCUGAGCACAUUAAAUAAUAAUCCUCCAUGGAUAAGGGAAUGCAAAGUCCAACAAUGCAAAUUAUUGGCAGUAAAAGCCGAAGCUAGGAAAGGAAUCUUGCCAAAUAAACUCAAACCCAUUUUUGAGGGACCAGAGGAAGAGGUGCUUCCACCUCCACCCUAUGCUCCACAUCGAGGGAGCCUAAUCCAAACACUCCACCAGUUGUAACCCCAAGGCAAGAAAGUGGAAGGAAUAAUGGGGCUGGAGUCACAGAGCUUGAUUCCUUGAUAGAUUAUGAUAAAUAUCUUCAGGAGGCAUUGGAGUCCUAUAAUAAAGCCCAAGCAGAAGUGGUUAUUCCACCUGUGAGUCCCAGUAGAACUCCAUCUACAGUCUCCUUUAGUGGAACAACUGAUUGCCCACCCCAAACCCCUGUACAUCCAAGUCCUAGAGAACUAUUACAGGAGUUACAGGGAGACUUUGAUCGGUCAGUAAGCAAUACAGCCAGGCGUAUAAAGCUGUUAAAAGAACGCCUUGGGACAAAUACUAUCCCCUAUGAUUUGAGGCCCCUAAAGCAAAGCGAAGAGAAAGGUCACGUAGUAGCCCCUCUCAGAAGAGUAUUUGAUGCACUUGAGGAGCCUGUGCUGGUUAACGGGCAACUCGGACCACGGCCACCUCGAACUUCGACCCUCCAGUACAUUCCAUUCACAACUACGGAUCUGAUGAAUUGGAAAACACACACCCCGUCUUUCGCAGAAAAACCUCAGGCUAUGAUGGACUUGGUGACUUCAAUAGUAAAUACUCAUAGUCCUACUUGGACAGAUUGCCGCCAGCUCCUGAAUACUCUGUUCACCACUGAGGAAAGAAGAGACAUAAUUGAAAAGGCACAGAUAUAUUUGCGUGAGCAGGCCAGAGUGGGAAAUAUUCUUAAUGUUGACCGUCAUCUCCAGGACAAUUUUCCCUUGGAGGAUCCUAAUUGGGAUCCAAACAAUGCAAUUCACCUGGCCAGGCUUACCACCUACCGCCAGACGCUUGUGCAAGGUAUCCGCAGGGCAUGCCAGAAGCCCACUAAUAUGACUAAAGUCUCAGAAGUAGAACAGAAACCGAAUGAGAGUCCGGGAGACUUUAGAGAGGCUGCAGGAAGCCUAUCGUAUAUGGACUCCUUUUGACCCUGAAGCCCCUGCAAACAGCAGAAUGAUUACUGCUACUUUUGUGGCUCAGUGCGCUUCUGACAUUCGUAAGAAAAUUCAGAAGUCAGAAGGCUGGGAAGGGAUGCUGAUGAGCCAAAUUAUGGCCAUUGCACGCCGAGUUUAUCGGAAUAGGGAUGAGGCUGAGAAACAAGAGAAGAAGAAGUGGCAGAAGGAAAAGAUGGUGAUGCUAGCCACAGCAGUGAAGCAAGACUACCGCCCUUUAAAUGGAGGGAGAGGGCGGGGAAGGAAUCCACCACUGGGAAGGAAUCAAUGUGCGAAUUGCAAGAAGGAGGGUCAUUGGAAGCGGGAGUGUCCUGAACCCCUGAGGUUGGAAGAAGUACGCCCAGGCCCAGGCCCAGGCUCCGGCCCAAGAAACCAGGGACGGGGACGGGGAAUGAUCCGAGAUGGAAGAUAUCAGAGACCUGGACAAGGACGGAGUAGAGACAAUUUCAUUGGACUGGCAGAGGAGGAUUUUACCCAAGACUAGGAACGACCGGACUCCAUAAAGUUAGGCUUCCAGGAGCCCACGGUCAAAAUUCAAUUAGGGAGCCAUUUAAUAGACUUUAUGAUAGAUACUGGCGCUGAAUACUCAGUACUCCCAGAACUAUUGCAGAAAAAGGCAUCCAAAAGUGUAGUCAUUAAAAGUGCCACUGGUCAGUCAGCUAAGAGGUCUUUCCUCCAACCUUUAGAAUGCCAGAUUGGGGGACAUCAUUUAACCCAUCAGUUUUUGUAUAUACCUGAGUGUCCAAUGCCUCUCUUAGGUAGAGAUAUGCUGUCCAAAUUGCAGGCCCAAAUCACCUUCACUCCUCGAGGUCCAGAAAUGAAACUGCCAUCAAAGGCAGCAGGAAUAAUUUCCCUCUCAGUACCUAAGGAACAAUCAUGGCGCCUAAUGUCAGCCCUGCAAGUCCAACCCACAUUGGAUACAGAAUUAAACAAGCUCCUCCGAACCCUACAAGUGCCACCAGGAGUAUGGGCCGAAAAUAGCCCACCAGGAAUGGCUAAGAAUAUAGCUCCAAUUGUAGUAACCCUAAAACCUAUGGCUACCCCUGUAUCUGUAAAGCAAUAUCCUUUACCCCGGCGAGCAGCAGAGGGCAUCCAGAAACAUUUGGACCGCCUAUUAAAAUAUGGUCUGCUUAAGCCCUGCCAAUCAGAAUGGAACACACCCCUUUUGCCUGUUCGGAAGCCUGGGACAGAUGAAUACAGGCCAGUACAGGACUUGAGGCUCGUAAACCAGGCUAUCGAGACCUUGCACCCAAAUGUACCAAACCCAUAUACCUUGCUGAGUUUGAUCCCACCAGAAGCAACAUUUUUACUGUAUUGGACUUGAAAGAUGCAUUCUUCUGUUGCCGGCUGGCACCACAGAGCCAACCUAUAUUUGCCUUCCAGUGGGAAGACCCUUUGACAGGAACAAAAGGCCAGCUAACCUGGACAAGAUUGCCCCAGGGAUUCAAAAAUUCCCCAACUUUAUUUGGCACUGCCUUGGCGAAGGAUCUAACAAGUUACCCCUCAAUACCUGGAAAAAGGUGGUUCUGCAAUAUGUAGAUGACCUUAUACUAGCGGCAAAGGAUUUUGAUACCUGUAAAGAAGGGACAGAGGAACUGCUCCACUUGCUCUGGGAAGCUGGCUACCGAGUUUCCCAGAAAAAGGCACAGUUAUGUUUAGAAAAGGUCAAAUAUUUGGGCUUUGACAUCUCACACCAACAACGAGCAUUGAGACCAGAGAGGAAAGAAGCUAUUUGCCUUAUCAAGGAACCUACCACAAGGAAACAACUCAGAGGAUUCCUGGGAACAGCAGGGUUUUGUAGACUAUGGAUACCUGAUUUCAGCAGUCUGGCCAAGCCCUUACAUGAAAGCACUCGAGGUGCAGAAAAGGACCCAUUCGUAUGGGGACCUGAGCAGCAACAAGCCUUUUUAGUUAUCAAACAACGACUUAUGGAGGCCCCAGCCCUGGGACUGCCUAAUUCGGAAAAACCCUUUCAGCUGUAUGUACAUGAACAGAAUGGGAUUGCAGCAGCAGUCCUGACCCAGAGAUUAGGAAGUUGGAACCGUCCAGUAGCUUAUUUGUCAAAACAAUUGGACUCAGUAGCAAAGGAUGGCCUCCAUGCCUAAGGGCAGUAGCGGCCACUGCAAGCCUUGUCAAAGAAGCUGAUAAAUUUACCUUUGGCCAGACGAUGUAUGUGAAUGUACCUCAUGCUGUUCUGACACUCAUGGAAUAUAAGGGUAGUUAUUGGCUAACGAAUCCAAGGAUGGCUAGAUACCAAGGCCUAUUGUGUGAAAAUCCCAGGAUUCAUCUACGAGUAGUGAAUAUGCUCAAUCCAGCAACUUUGCUGCCCCUACCAGAGGUAGAUGAUGAAGAAUCACAUGAUUGUCUCCAAAUAAUGGAUGAAGUGUAUUCCAGUAGACCCGAUCUGAAAGAUGAACCAUUGAAAAAUCCAGAUGUUGUAUAUUAUACUGAUGGUAGCAGUUACCUGCAUGAAGGUGCCAGACGAGGCAGGAUAUGCUGUGGUCACCAAUGAGGAAGUUGUGGAAGCUGAAGCUUUGCCUGCUGGCACCUCAGCACAAAAGGCUGAACUUAUAGGUUUAACUAGAGCUCUGCAAUUGGCAGCCGGAUGUAAGGCAAACAUCUAUACUGAUUCUAAAUAUGCCUUCUUAACCCUGCAUGCACAUGGAGCUCUAUGGAAAGAAAGAGGUCUAAUCGGAGCCCAUGGGAAGGCCUUGAAAUAUGGACCUGAAGUAGAAAUCCUGUUGGAAGCAGUAUGGGCUCCAGAACAGAUUGCUGUAAUGCACUGCAAAGGUCAUGGACGUGGAAGGGAUCCAAUAACCAGAGGAAAUCAUGCUGCUGACAAAGCAGCCCGAGAGGCAGCCCAGAAGCCUGUGGGAGGAUUUAUAGCAGCCCUCAUACCAGAGGUAGUUCCAGAAGAAAUUAAACCUCACUAUACCCCAGAAGAGAGGAAGUGGGCUGAACAGGAAGGAGCGGUUGUGAAGGACGGUUGGAUGAUCCUGCCGGACAAUAGGAUUUAUGUACCUCAUCACCUAGCAGGCACAAUUGUAAGAAAUUAUCAUGAAUCUACUCACCUUGGCGGUACUGCAACCAGAGAGAGUCUCAGUCGGAAGUUGUAUAUUAUUAACCUAUCACAAUUAGCAACUUGCAUUUCACAGAAAUGUGUUCUUUGUGCUAAAAACAAUCCCAGGCAGGGACCGGUACAACCUCCUGGAAUCCAACAUGUGGGAUACGUCCCCAUGGAAAGCCUAAUUGUGGACUUCACAGAGCUGGUCCCUUCUAAGGGAUUCAAGUACCUCCUUGUGUUUGUAGAUACCCUUACCGGAUGGGUUGAAGCUUUUCCCACCAGGACUGAAAAGGCACGAGAGGUAACUAAGAGACUCCUCACUGAAUUGAUCCCGAGGUUUGGAUUACCUAGAUGCAUUGGAAGUGAUAAUGGGCCAGCGUUCAUUGAUCAAGUAGUACAAGAAGUAUGUCGAGUCCUACAAGUGAAAUGGAGACUGCAUGCAGCAUAUAGGCCUCAAAGUUCGGGAAAAACUGAAAGAAUGAAUCGGACUCUGAAAACCCAAUUGGCAAAAUUAACCCAGGAAACAGGAUUGGGAUGGGUAGAUGUGUUACCCAUAACACUGUUUCGUGUUCGGUGUGCACCCACAAAAAGACUUAAGUUGUCACCUUUUGAGCUCCUGUAUGGGAGGCCACCCUCCUUUGUUCAGGAUAUUCCAGCUGACCUCAAACAAAUAGGAGACCAUGUGACACAGGGACAAGUGCAAUCUCUCUCCCGUGUUUUUGUUUCUCUUAACAGGUGGGCCCUCGAGCGCACGCCGUGCAGCAUUGCCGAGCCGAUUCAUCAGUUCCAGGCUGGCGAUAGCGUAUGGGUGAAAGAGUGGAAACGUGAUCCACUUGCACCUAAGUGGCGUGGGCCUUACACCGUCUUGCUCUCUACUCCAACAGCGGUGAAGGUAGCUGAGGUGACCCCCUGGAUUCAUCACUCCCGUUUGAAGAAGUCCGAAGGCAGUUGGACGUGCAAAGGUGACCCCUCUAAUCCUUUUAAACUGACUCUCUCCAAAAACCCCUGUAUCUAGCCCUACGGGGAACGGGCUAGGUCACGGGCAACAUUAGACGACCGGCCUGCUGCAGCCACAACCUGGAAGCUGGCUGACCUGCGCACGCCUGAAGCUUGAGGAGCGUCUGAACCAGCGAUUGUGAACAGGAAGAUUCUCUUAUACAAUUGAUUGACUGCCCCCCCCUGUGGAACAAUUAUCAGGGAUAUUACUCAUUGGGGAUCCUCGGGAUAUAAGUUUCGGUCUUGGUGGUUCCCCAUUUCUGGCAUUGGGGGAANUAUAGUGGGCCUAAUCUUUGUUUGUUAUCACAAUAAGGUAAUCUUUUGUGGAAGAAAUGCAUAUACUAGACAUCAACAUGAUUUUAUUAUUAAUCCUGAUCCCUUGGGAAGGGGAAGGGUCCUUGAAUCUGACCAAAUUUGCUAAAUAUGGAUUCCGCCAUGACCACAAUAUGUGGGUAGGCUUAGCUGAGAUGGUAGCCAAUGUUACAAAUAGGACCAAUUGCCUUGUUUGCUCUCUUGGACCAGAUGAUUCAGAGGGAGGUAUGCCCUUAUUACCGAUACCAUUAAAUGCCAUUGGUAUGGUAAGCGAAAUGCCACACCAAACAGAAGUACAGAAUUUCCCCGGAUGGAACUCAACUAAACCAAUACGAGUUAUACCUGUGCAAGGGGAAUUCUGUGUACAUAAAUUAUCAGCUGCAGCUGAUUCUAUCAUGAUAGGCUCUUCUCAUUGCCACUAUACUUGGGAUUAUAUUAAGAAUAGUCAAACCUGGGCAAACGGUACUACCUAUCGAACUCGGAAUACCUUGCCCUGUGCACCUCCUUUUAUUCAUGCAUGGAAACUGGUGUGGAACAUAACUGUGACAGAAAAAGGCAAUCUAACAUACUGCACUGUGAACUCUAUGCCCCUUUUGAUAUUUCGCCUUAUGCACUCCACGUACCAAAAACCUCAGACCCGAUGGUUGUGGUGGAUAUGUGGAGAAUGGGCAUACAAGCAACUCCCUCCCAAAUGGAGUGGGACUUGCUUCCUGGGAUGGGUAUUACCACCAAUGUGGAUUAUGCCCACUAGUUCGGCAAAGCGUACACGAAGAAAUGCUGAUAUUUCUCAUAUAGCAGGAGGAAGUACCCAAAGUUGGAGUGAUACUGAUGAUUGGCCACCAGAGCGCAUUAUAGCCUAUUAUGAGCCUGCCUCCUGGAAUCCUGAUGAGCUCAUACAAGGGGCACGGGAUCCUAUUUAUAAUCUAAACAGAAUAAUUCGAUUGCAAGCAGUAGUGGAACUUGUAACCAAUGCAACGGCCCAGAGUUUGAGACUUAUUGCACAACAGUUGGAUGAAAGUAGAGCCGCCAUUUUGCAGCUGAAAAUGGGAAUGGAUUAUGUACUUGCCAGGCAGGGAGGCCUAUGUGGAGUCUUAAACUUGACAGGGAAUGCCUGUUGCUUUAACAUUUCUGAUAAUGGUGAGGCAAUCCGUGUGUUGGCCACAAAGAUGGAGAGUAUAGCACAUGUCCCAGUACAAAUAUGGGAAGGAUGGGAUAUGGGAUGGCUCACCAAUUGGUUACCUAAUGUUGCGGGACUCAAAGGGAUACUAUUGUCUUGCUUGUUUUUCUUGACGGUAGUAGUAAUGGUUUUAUGUACGGUGCCAUGUAUCAUUUCAUGUUUUAGAAGUACAAUUAGCAAGAUGAUUUCAAAUGAAACUUUACCUCAUAUUAUGGCCCUAUACAGAGCUUUACCUCAGGAAUAUGACGAAGGUCAAGCUAUCAAGGACACUUGGGAUGAAGGUCCUUGAGCUUGAAAGGGGGGAAUGAGGCAUCUGAUCAAAAUCUGCUUUGAGCUUAAAAAAUUAUAUUUGUAAAUAUAUUAUUCUCCUGCCAGGGAGAAGACCAGCUGAAUACUCUGGCAGCUGUUCAAGGGGCCCCACUGCUAUAAAUAGCAGUAUUUCAGGGUUGUAAAAAGUAUUUCAAGGUUGUAAAAGGAAAUUAGAGCCAGAGAGCAAAAGGUCACACUGACCAGAAUACAAUCAAGCUGUAAAAACACAAUUAAGAACUGGUAAAUAGUGAAAUUUAUUGUUUAACAGAAGACUCGAGCCAUAAGGUUAAAGGUUAAAUGGAAGAAACAGCUGCUGGUUAGGGAAAAAGGUUUCUUUAUAGAACUUAGGAACUUAGCUUUUACUAAAUUCCUUUAAUUUGAAAAGGCCUUUCCUUCUAAAAAUCUAUCUAUGUUAUGUAUGAAAUAUAUUGGCUUAAAUGUAAUUAUGCAAAGGAUUUAGAAAGUAAGAAAUGUUAGAUUCUUAUGUUAGAUUCCUAUUAUGGUGGGUGAGAAGGUGAACUCAAGAUCUCUUUAAGAUAAAAAAAUUGGAAACCAUGCACCAUCUGCUUUAGCCAUCUGGUUUGCGGUGAAUAGGGCAACAGGGGCCAAAGGUUAUCUGGUAAUUGAGGUGCCUGGUCGAGGUAAAUGUAAGAUAUAUGGCUACUUGUCUGCCAUUUAUGGAUACAAGGAAAUAUAGCUUUUUGUCUCCCAUAAAAGGAAAUAGGAAAUGGGUGUAUCUUUUAUGAUUGGUUCUAGCAAACAACCAAUAGGAAUUUCAACCAGGCUGAUUGGACAGAGGCAGCCAAAGGAGGAGCAAGGGGGCUGGGCUGAGGAAAUAUAAGUGCUGGCCAUCAGGGCUGGAGUAGGCAGAGCUUUGGUAUCCAUAUACCACUGUGUCUCUCAUUUAUUUGUCUGACAAAUAAAUUAUUAUUUUAAUUUCUCUAUUGCUGCGUUGAAUAUUUCAUUCCAGCUAAGCGUUAACCACAAGCAGGGUGCUACAAUGUGUCGCUAUCAUUUCUCAGAGAAUGAGCCCCGGGCAGCUGGCAGUCGACGUGGGUUGUGGCUCGGGCCAAAGCACUCGGAUGCUGGCAAAACAUUUUGAGAAGGUGGUCGGGACAGACAUCAGUGAAGCUCAGAUCGAGGAGGCCAGGAGAGCUCCACAACCGCCCAAUGUCUCUUAUCUGUAAGUAGGAGCUGAUCUCGCACGUGGAUAGCUGAGAAAAAGCAGGCAGGAAGAGGCUUUUCUCCCUCUCUCAUCACACUAGAACUCUUGAAGCUGAAUGUUGGAAUAUUCAGGACCAACGAAAGAAAACACAGCUUCAUGCAGCGCAUGUUUAAACUAUGGAACUCCCUUCCACAUGAGGCAGGGAUGGCCACCAACUUGGAAGGCUUUAAACGAAGACUAGAGAAAUUAUCGAAGAGGCCUAUCAGUGGCUACUAGCCACGAUGCCUCUGCUGGACCUACAAGGUGGGCAGAGUGAAGGCCAGUUUUUCUGACUACCGGAAGCCGCAGGAGGGAAGCCAUUUUGCUCAAAUCCUGCUUGUGGGCUUCCCCCAGGUAUCUGGUAGGCCAUUGUGAGAACAGGAUGCUGGACUAGAUGGGCCCAGGCCUGAUCCAAAGGCUUUCCUUAUGUUCUGAUGUUUGUGCACACAGCCACUUCCAAUUUACUCCACAAAUUAGAUAAUAAGUAUUAAAAUAUGAAAGUAUAUUUAAAAAACCAUUACAUUAUUCUAUUUAACUUGUUCACACCAUACAUUUAAAGCGCUAUCAUACCACUUUAAAUAGUCAAGGGUUCCCCCAGAGGAUUCUGGGAACCAUCAUUUGUUAAGGGUGGCUGAGAGUUGUGAAGAGAGAUCCCUAUUUCACUCCCAGAUAUACCACUCCAUACCCAUCACGUGUCCCUGUUUCACUGGGACAUUCAUGGAUUUACAGAAGGGAAUGGCGUUCCCAGAUCAAUCCUUUUUCACAGGGUACUCUGGGAAUUGUAGGUCUGUGAGGGGAAUAGGGGUCUCCCCUAACAACUCAGCACCCUCAAUAAACUACAGCUCCCAGAAUUCUUGGGGGGAAGCCAUGACUGUUUAAUGCGGUACCAUUGCAAAUGUAUUGCGCAAAUGAGGCCUGUGUUAAAUGGCAUCACCUGAUGGUGGUUUUCUGUGGUUUGGUUUUCUAUUGUAAUGCUUGUUAUGUAAUUUGUGGCUUUAAUCGUUCUGAUCUAUAAACCAUCUCUUUUGAUGGAGGCCGGUUUAGAAAUCUAAAAUAAAUCCAUCCAGGUUGGUAAACGGCGUUUCCGUGCGCUGCUCUGGUUCGCCAGAAGUGGCUUAGUCAUGCUGGCCACAUGACCCAGAAGCUGUACGCCGGCUCCCUCGGCCAGUAAAGCGAGAUGAGCGCCGCAACCCCAGAGUCGGCCACGACUGGACCUAAUGGUCAGGGGUCCCUUUACCUUUACCUUUUAGGGUUGUUGAGACAGUACAGCCCCCUCUCCUCUGCAGACAGCAUAGCCAGUAGUUAGCAUGGAUGGGAGUUGUAGUCAAAGGAACAACAUCGUGAGGGACACGGCUUUCCCACUCCUGACUUACCCAAGGCCGUACAGUGGUACCUCGGGUUACAUACGCUUCAGGUUACAUACGCUUCAGGUUACAGACUCCGCUAACCCAGAAAUAGUGCUUCAGGUUAAGAACUUUGCUUCAGGAUAAGAACAGAAAUCGGGCUCCGGCGGCGCGGCAGCAGCAGGAGGCCCCAUUAGCUAAAGUGAUGCUUCAGGUUAAGAACAGUUUCAGGUUAAGAACGGACCUCCGGAACGAAUUAAGCACUUAACCCGAGGUACCACUGUACCCAUCUAGGUCCGAUACAUGAGCAGUUUUCACUCGAACACAGUGAAACCAGCCGUGAAUUAACACAAAAUGUCAUGGGCUGCUUGGACACAGAAGAAUGGUGGCGGAACCAGCUGGGUAGCCCCCAAGGGAAGAAGAUUCGGAGCCCGGGGAGUGGUGGUUGCAGAAACCUGAGCUCUGAACACGAUCUGAUUUACUUUUACAACCCAACUCGUCACUUAUCUGUGAUGCUUUUGGGGUGGUCUUUGGCUAAGGAGUUGGGCAACUUGUAAAGUUGUGACACACCUUUGUUCUGGGUUCCCUCUCGCCUCCUUGCACGGUGGGGGGAUGGUAACUGUGUGGCAACAGAAAACUGCUUCAUUCAGUUGGUUCCUGCCUUCACUUGUUCUUCUCUGACCCGUAAUGGACUUCAGGGAUACUUUGAUGGGGAGUUGGCCUGUAAAAGCCAACUCCAUUUUCUUUUUAUAUCACUGCCACCCCCUUGUUACCACCUAGGCACAGUACCAAGGGGUCUAAGACCUUUUGCUAGAUUUCUAAUGUUUGCUUAUUUUGAAUAUGUGUUUACCCUUAGCCUUAUGCCUGCUAGAAGUUUUCACAGAAAAGGAAUAACGAAAGAUUGGUUGUUUACAAGAAAUGAAAGAGACAGAAUAUUUACUUCGGGAAGCAAAGUGACACUGUAGAAUCGUGGAGUUAGAAAGGACCAGAGGCGCAACAGGGCCUUGUUUUAGGCUGCUCAGCCUCCUCGUCUAGCAGCUGACGCAGGAGGUAGCGCUGCCUCUGCCGCCGCUUUUCCUCACAACCUCCAUCCAGCCCCCAGAGCUUCAACUCCAGAUAUUUUGGUCUGGAUUGGAGAGAGAGGAGGAGAGCUGGAGGGGAAAGCAGGCAUUCAGAGGUUUUUUAGAGGGUGCUCCCCACUUUGCACAUUUUCACUUAUGUGUGUGGGGCCCCCAGAACACAACCCCCACAUAAGGGUGGGGGAGUUUUGCAGUGCCUGUACUGUUAUAUACCAAUGUUAGGUUAUGGAAAGGGUCUUCUAGAGGAAUCAUUUACCAUGCUAAUUUUUUCCUCAAGUAUUAAGAAGGCCAGGAAGCCUUCCAGGACAUCUUCAGGAUAAAGAUUAGUAUCAGAGUCAGGAAAGUUCAUAUAUAAAAUUAUGCCAACUGUGCGAAUGCAAUGAUCUACGGGUAUAAGUUCAGACUGACACACACUAUUAUGCCCUGUAGGUUCUCCUGCGGGGAAAACCUGUAUUUUCGAUAAAUAGCAGCGUGAGCCCUGUCCUCAAUCAGAGGAGUGGCCGUGCUUUCAUGGAGCAAAUCUUGCAACUUCUUGCAAGUUCAGACUGACACACACUAUUGUGUUCUUAUCUUUUCUUCCAGGUAUGAGAAGAUCACACCCUGUAGGUUCUCCUGUGGGGAUAACCUGUAUUUUUGAUCAAUAGCAGCGUGAGCCCUCUCCUCAAUCAGAGGAGUGGCCGUGCUUUCAUGGAGCACAUCUUGCAACUUCUUGCAAGUUCAGACUGACACACACUAUUGUGUUCUUAUCUUUUCUUCCAGGUACGAGAAGAUCACACCCUGUAGGUUCUCCUGUGGGGAUAACCUGUAUUUUUGAUCAAUAGCAGCGUGAGCCCUCUCCUCAAUCAGAGGAGUGGCCAUGGUUUCAUGGAGCACAUCUUGCAACUUCGUGCAAGUUCAGACUGACACAUUCUAUUAUCUUCUUAGCUUUUCUUCCAGGUAUGAGAAGAUCACGCCCUGUAGGUUCUCCUGCGGGGAAAACCUGUAUUUUUGAUAAAUAGCAGCGUGAGCCCUGUCCUCAAACAGACGAGUGGCCAUGGUGUCAUGGAGCACAGCUUGCAACUUCUACAAGUUCUUAGGGACACUGGUCUGCCUCUGUGUGUUUUUAAAUGUUUUAACAGUGAGGUAAUUUAUUGUAGCGCUUUUAAAUGUAAUCAGGCAAUCAGAUAAGGCAUUAUCAGAUAACCUGGGUGUUAUGUGUUGAUGUUCUCACCCUGGCCACCAGGGGUAUUGUGUAUAUAGUUUUCACUCAGGUCCACAUAAGUUAAUUUAGGUGGAAAAUCGUGGGGUUUUGUUGUUACAAUGUUGACAGCCGGCUGCCUAUAAAAGUAGGCCGGCUGAGCUGUUCAGUUCAGUUCAGUUCCAGCUUACUAUAAAGAACCACUUGGAGAAAUCUCUGUGUCAACUGCUAUGUCCAUCCACAACUUAAUACUGGCAGACAGAAAAAACAACAACAUUCAAAUUUCUGUUGUAGACCACGUUUUCUGUGAUGUAUGUAUGAUGUAUGGAGGGGUGGUCUUGAGCUCCAGGGCAGGGAAUUCAAAAUGUCUAUAUAAGGGCAGGCACACCUUUGUUUGGGGUCCUCCUCCUUUCCUGCGUGUGAGGGGAGCACCCUGUUGCAACAGUUCAAUAAAGAUCAGGCUUACUAGCUGCUUUGCUUCUCAAUAUUCUCUGGUUGGCCUCUGUUAUUUUCACCUACCAAUAGGAACCCACGUAAGGACUCUAUAUGGGCUCUUGGAUACCCCAUAAGGGAAAAAGGGCAGAUUUUGUUUACAACAGCCUCUACUCACCCGCCCCAAACUAACUCUUACAUUCGCCUGACUUUAACUUCCAUUCGUCACAGCUGCUAGCCUGCAACUAAACAGGCUUGCCAGUUUGGGGUUUUUAUGUCGGCUUAAAAAGGCUUUCUGCUAAAGGAUUCUGGGAAUUGCAGUUCAGCAAGGCUGCUGAAAAUUCUAAAGGUUUUUUUGCCUCCUUCCUUCCCUCCCAGAACUACAGGUCCCAGAAUUGCGUGGGGAGUAAAUUAAGUCAUUAAUAUGGGUUACAGGACAAGUUUAAGGUCUUGCUAUUGGUAACAUUGAGAAUGUCCUAACUUGUACACACUGGUCUGGAUGCUUUGAUCCUUGGGAGGAGAUGGACUCUCAUUUGUACUGUAUGCUCCUAAGGUUCACUGGAUGUCUGCUAAGCCUUUAGUGUGAAGGCAUUCAUUGUGGAUUUUUAUUUUUUUAAAUUGUCUUAUGGUCAUGGUUUUAAGCUGAUUUCAUUUUAUAUGAGUUAUAUCAGCCAUAAACGAACAACUAUUCCAGCAGGCUUCGAACAAUCACCUUGCCAUCUCCUCCCACAGGGUGUGCCCUGCCGAAGACCUCCCUUUCGAAGACGGCUCUGUGGACCUGGUCACGGCGUUUGCGGUGAUUUCUUGUAAGUGCUGAAUGAAUGUUACGUGACACUUGUGAAAGGACCAGUUUCACAGAUCCCAGCCAUCAAAUGGGCACAUACUGGGUGACAGUCUUGAAAUACAUUAUUCUAUAGGCUGCCACACCUCACACACAGCCUAUUCUAUAGGCUGCCACACCUCUCUCUCUCUCUCUCUCUCUCUCUCUCUCUCUCUCUUCCAGAUCCAAGACCAGCUUUUCACCUUUAGAAAUGAAAAGAUCAAAUUAGUUGAGAAUGAUUACCAAGAAAUCUUUGAUUCUUUGCCCUUUCAGGAGAAGCAGAGGUGAGUGGAUCAGGCCCUUUUGUACAGUGCGGUGCAUGGACCCAGCCAUGCCAAUCUUUUCAAUCUCCUGCUAAAAACAUUUCUGUUCCACCAAGCUUAUGCAAAGAAUGCAUCCACAGUUGUUAAAUGAUACCUGUUUUUAAUUUUUUUUUUGUUACCAACUUACUGAAUUUGUAAGUUGUAUGAUUUUGUUGCUGUAAACGGCUUUGAUAUAUUUUUAUGACACAGCAGCAUCAAAUAUUUUUGUAACUAAACAAAUACAAAUUGGGAAGUCCAGAACAAUACGGUCAAAGUCACUAAGUUGAACAGCCACACUCUUCUGAACAAACAUACAUAUAUAUGAUUGACAGCACUUCCAUAGUCAAAAGAUUUCCGUACUCUCAACUCAGCCCCGCACUUCUCCUAAAGCUUUCUGCUUCUUUCCAGGAUGACGGAUAUUUUCGAUAAAAUUCCCCUGAGCGUUGCUGACAUAAUAGGAUAUAUCCAGUCACUCUCGCCGUACCGACUUUAUCUGGAAGCCCAGCCUGAGGAGGCGAAAUCACUUCUCCAAAACACAGAGCGAAGGUGACAAAAUCUGUUUGCUGGAGUAAGCCAGAUGUGGAAGGGCCAAGGAACCAUGGUUAAGUCAGGGCCUGUAUGACAGAGUUAUUCCACCUGGCCUUUGGCUUGGAGCCAAUUUGAUUCCCUCCCUCUCUUUUUUCUUUUCCUUCUACUCCUGCGAUGAGGCUACAUUUUAAUAUUUUAAUGUUUCAAUAUUUUAAUGUUGUAUUUUAAUUUUGUUUUUAAGUUGUAAUCAUUCAACUUGUUUUUAUUAUUGCAUGUAAGCCGCCCUGAUCCCGGCCUUGGCUGGGGAGAGCGGGGUAUAAAUAAAAAUUAUUAUUAUUAUUAGGAGAGUCGCAUUGAAGUCUUUAGCCUGUGAUAUUGCAUGUCUUUUCAUAGAUGGCAUGCAGUAGAAUUUACCAGUAACUGUUCUCAGUACGAGAUGAAAGCAAAGCGGAAGGGCUUGGAUUUCCAUAUGUUUUGCUGCUAUGAAUAUUCAGCUCCAAUAUGCACGUUGUAAUUUUUAAUUCAAAAAAUUCCCAUGUAGAAUAACAAAAUUGUAGAGUUGGAAGGGACCCCCCUCCCCCAAUUAGCCCAGGGAUGGAAGGAAGAGAUAACCAUGACCAGAAAAGAAUGGCAAACCAAGUUGGUGACAAAAUUAACUGGGAAGCUCAGAAAUCAAGAAGACAAGAACUUUAAGAAAAAAUGGGAAAAGUUUAUAAUUUAUCUACGAGACUACUGUAAGCAAGUUAAAACAUUAGCAGGAUUUUAAUCACAAUUGUAAAGUAACAGUAAGUAUGGAUAAUUUAGAAGGAUAAAAAUUUGGAUUAGUAUUGAUAUGCAGUUGUAAAUAUCAGUAGGACCCAUGGAAGGGAUGAGUGGAGGAAGUCAGGAGAUUCAGAGUAAUCUCAAUAUUUGGAUUUUUUUGUUACAUGUUUAUACUUUUUCAAAAUCAAAUUUAAAAAUUAUUUUAAAAAGCAAGGGACCCCUAAGGGCCAUCUAGUCCAACCCCCUGCAAUGCAGGAAUCUCCGCUAACGCACGUGAGUGGCAAAGUCAGGAGUGUUGCCAGAUUCCAACUAUUCAUUUAAUCUGUGCAUAAGCCAUGCUUCAAACCUUAUGCCAGCUUUAUGUCCUCAGUCCCAUUUCCCCACACCCGCCCUUUGCCGCAUUUUUUUUUAAAGAAUAUUUAUUCCAGUUUUAAAGUUACAAAAAAAACAAACAAACCAUACACAUGUUACAGAAAAAACAGACAAUAAAAAAGAGAUAAGAAAAAACAAAAAAUCACAGUAAAAAAUAACAAAAAUCAAAUUAGACCUUUACAACCUUUUUCCCUUUUACUUAUUUCCAUGACUUCCUCUCACCUCCCUGCUUUGUAUUCUAGUUUAAAUCGUAUCUCCAGCAAAUCCUUCUAACCUUCUUUUCUUUUACAUUUUAACAUUCGAAAGUAUUUAAUUCUCCUCUAUCCUCAUUUUACGCUUCAUUUUUACUUAUUCCAUUAUACCAAGUCUGCCAAUACGGCCUAAUAUUCUUUUCCAACCUUUUUCUAACAUUCUUUUAUAUUACAGUGUUUCUGAAGAUAUAUUUUAAAUUUUCUCCAGUCUUCUUCCAUCACCCCUCUUUGCCGCAUUUUGUUGUACCAGUUUGUCAAAGAGGCAGCCUCCCAAAUUCUUCAAGUAUCUCGCCAUUAUGCGCCUGGCUGCCGUCAAAAGACAACUUGUUUGAACUGUGAAAAAAUGGAGCGGUGCUAGCUCUGGACAUUUCGAGGUGUUUCGUCCAGUAAUUGUUUUCAUUUCAAUGAAUCCCGGAACUGAACCCUGGUUUCUGCUCUCUUGCUUUCCUUCCCUAGGUUUCUGGAGACGAUGGGCGUUUCUUCUCGGGAUACCCAGCUGGAGUUGCGCACGAAGCACAUUUGCAUCUUGGGCUGCAAGAGCUCCUGA